GAUUAAAUGAUCAGUAUGACCAUGUUAAGAAUCAAAUCUUGCUGACAGAACCUCUUCCGGAGGUUAAUAAGGCUUACUCCAUGGCUCUCAGAAUUGAAAGAAAAGGGGAGAUUCACAAUAGUGUAAAUGAGGAUUUUAAUACUGCUAUGAUUGUUAAAGCUUACAAAGAUGUAGGGGGAAAUAAGUUUCAAUCCAAAAAGAAAGAUGCUAGGAAGGAAAAUAGGACAUGUAACUACUGUAAUGCAACAGGUCAUACUAGAGAUACAUGUUUUAGACUGCAUGGUUAUCCAGAUUGGUGGACAGACUAUAAGACUAAGAAAGGCAAAGAAAGGGUGAAUAUAGUAACACAAAUACCAGAAACUCCUCUUAAUGCUAGCAAUGAGGUAACACAAAGAGGAAGGGAAAACAUGAACAUGGACUUAUACAAUAUAAUACAGCAAGAAAUUGAAAGGUUCAUGAGUAAUCAAAACAAUGCUGCUCCAUCAAGCAAUGCUGCAAGCUGUGUAAGCUUUACUGACUUUGAAGGACCAAGUGACUAAGGAGGUUGUGGCAGUUGGGAGAUUGCAUGAGGGACUCUACAAAUUAGAUGCAAUGUCUUUUAGCUUAGCUAAAAAUAAAGAAGUUCCUAGUUCUGUGUCAUUCUAUAAUAAAAAUAACCAAUUCAGUCAUAUGUCAAACUCUGUGAACAAUCUUAGCUUGUACACACUAUGGCAUCAUAGGCUUGGCCAUACUUCUAGAAAUAAAAUGUCACAUAUUGAAGAACUGUAUUCUUACAAUUCUGAUGAUCAAUAUGUUUGUGACAUAUGUCCUCUUGCAAAACAGCAAAGAAUAUCUUUUUCAAAAAAGUAAGAUUUCUACUCUUUCAAUAUUUGAAUUGAUACAUGUUGAUCUUUGGGACCCUUACUUAGUUUAUUCUAUUUCUGGUGCUAAAUAUGUUCUAACAAUAGUAGAUGAUUUUUCCAGAGAAACAUGGACUUACCUAUUAUCAGACAAAACAAAAGUUUAUCAUGUAUUAGUUGAUUUUAUAGCCAUGGUCUCAAACCAAUUUCAAAAACUUGUCAAGGUCAUUAGGUCAGACAAUGGCACUGAAUUUGUAAAUCAAUCGUGUACUAAUUUUUUUAAACAUAAAGGAAUCCUGCAUCAAAAAGCUUGUUCUUACUCCCCACAGUAAAAUUGAGUUGUGGAGAGAAAGCAUAAGCAUUUACUUCAAGUAGCUAGAGCAUUAAUGUUUCAUGCACAACUUCCAAAGAUGUUUUGGGGAGAGUCCAUUUUGACAGCAACCUACAUCAUUAACAAAUUACCUACUUCAGUAUUAAAAUGGAAGACUCUGCAUGAGACUUUGUAUGACACUAAACCAGAUUACAAAUCCCUUAAGGUUUUUGGCUGUCUAUGCUUUGCUACAAAUAUUAAAACUCAGAAAACAAAAUUUGAACAAUGAGCUUUUAAAUGCAUCUUUCUAGGAUAUGUUUCGGGUUACAAAGAAUUUAUACUAUAUGAUUUAAAAAAUAAAACCAUCUUUGUUUUUCAGGAUGUAGUAUUUCGUGAAAACCAUUUUCCAUUUGCUAAAGAACAUAUUAACAACUAUGUUCAUCAUCAAGUUCCUCUUCCUGUUGUUUUUGAUAACUCAAAUUCUCAAUCUCACACUGAUAUCUCAUCUGUACAUACACCACCACAUCUCUCUCCAUCUCCUGCCCUUAUCUCUCCUUUUAAUUUACCAUUUGAUUCUUCUUGUUCAAAUUCUCCUCAAGUUUUCCCCAUGUCAUCUAAUAACCCUGUUACACCAGUAUCUUCUCCUCUUCAUCCUAUUCUUAGAAGAAGUAACAGACCAACUACCAAGCCACAAUGGCUAAAUGAUUUUAUUGCAUCUGUUGAAUUUCCAACAUCACAUGCUUCCUCCCUUACCACAACUACCAUUAGUCACAAUGAAAAUGCAAACACAGGUAUGCUUUCUUUUCCUAACCUACCUCACUUUACUUCCUCACCUAUAUUUAGUCAUGACUAUAUGCGCUUUGUGGCUAAUGUCUCUACUUUCCAUGAGCCUAAGUCCUAUCAAGUAGCUAAGGAGGACAGUAAGUGGGUUCAAGCUAUGCAAAGUGAAUUGAAUGCAUUAGAAAGAAAUCGUACUUGGAUUCUAACUUCUACCUAAAGAGAAGAAAGCCAUUGCUUCAAAAUGGGUCUUUAGGAUCAAAUAUAAGGCUGAUGUGACAGUGGAUAGAUACAAGGCAAGAUUGGUGGCAAAAGGGUAUAACCAGCUCCCUAGAAUUGACUACCAUGAGAGUUUCUCUCCUGUUGCUAAGGUGGCAACUGUCAGGGUAUUCUUAGCUAUUGCCUCAGCUCACAGUUGGCCAAUUCAACAACUUGACAUCAAUAAUGCUUAUCUUCAUGGGCAUAUUGAUGAAGAUCUCUAUAUGUUACCUCCUGAAGGGUGUACAAAGGCUCACAAAGGGCAAGUUUGUAAAUUGGUUAAAAGUUUAUAUGGGUUGAAGCAAGCUGGUAGACAAUGGAACAAGGAAUUAACUCAGAAAUUGAAGAUGUUUGGGUUUACUCAAUCUAUAUUUGACAACUGCCUUUUCAUUAAAGGUUCAGGUGGUCAUUUUCUUGCUCUA